ACCUUUGACUUCAUUUCAUUUUCAACGUCUUCUAAACCUUAAACAAACGCUUUAGACUUCAACACAACAACAACAACAACAACAUGAACAACUCCUCUUCCUCCUUCUCCUCCUCCACUCUCCCCUCCGAUCAAGAACAAUCCGUCAUUGUCACCGCCCUAACCAAAGUCGUCUCCGGCUCCACCUCAACCGCAAACUCAUUACCGGAAUUUCAUCUCCCGGAUUCCACCAUCGGAAGCAGCAGCAGCAUGGAGCGAAUUCCACCAACGAACAUGGAAACCUGCCGCGAAUGCAACAUAGCAGGAUGUUUAGGAUGCAAUUUCUUCUCUCAAGAGAACAAGAAAAAACAAAUAAGAGCUAAAAAGAAGUAUAGAGGAGUGAGACAGAGACCAUGGGGAAAAUGGGCUGCUGAGAUUCGUGACCCGAGACGUGCUGUUCGUGUUUGGCUCGGAACCUUUACCACGGCGGAGGAAGCUGCCAGAGCUUAUGACAAUGCCGCCAUCGAGUUUCGUGGGCCGAGGGCAAAGCUCAAUUUUCCACUUGUUGAUGAAUCCCUUAAGCAUGUUGAGGAACCAGAAGUGAUCGUUCAUUCUAAGCAUGUAACAAAGGAUGAGAAUAUGAAUCAAGAAAUGCAAAUUGAAACAAUGACGGGGUUUGAGAAUAAUAAGGAUUGUGAUUUUUUGGAUAGCAUUGGUGAACCUGAUUUUCAACAAUUUAUGAAGUUUAUGGAAUUUUCUGGAGAUUCUUCUGGUUCUAGGACAGGGAAUCCUUUUAAUUAGUUCAUGAAUUCAACAACAAAUGAACAGUGAUUUUUUUUAGCAUGUUUAACUAGUGGUAGACUGAGAUUAAGUGUAUUGAUUAGCUUUGCUGUGCAAUGUGCAUAAUCUCUCUUCUACGAGAUUUUUUUUUAGGGAGGAAGUUGCUUUCUGCAAGUGCAAAUAGUGAUUUCAAUGUUUGAUUUUGAAGAAGAAUCCGCUUUGUAGAAUUGCUGUACUCCCUAAAAGUGUUUUUUUUUUUAACGAGAAUUUAAUGUUUUGAGAGAAUUUAAAUCCUUGAAUAAUAAUAAUUUGAAUUUUUUUGAAAAUGAUGUAAAUCCUUGGAGAAGAAUUUGCCUUUGUAGAAA